AUGAGCCCACGCCACUCGGGGAUCCCUAAUUCUUGGAAACACCCGAAUCCUGAGUGUAAACUAAAGUACAAAGUCAAGGAGCAUUCGGUCAGAGACACCUUCGAGUGGGAAGCACAACGAUAUGAAGCCUUGAUCUGUCCUCUGGAGACGGCGGACGGCGAAGAACAUAUCACGAUUCGCGGCCUUCGCAGUCCCGACUUUAAGAAGUACGAGACACCAAUUCGCAAAAGUAUAGCAACAUUCCUGAAAAAUUUGAGACGUCCUGGUCAGUCGCGCACAUUAUGGAUCGAGGAAAUCUGUAUCGACCCAGACAUGACUAAAGAGCGUGUCCAAAGGCUUAAGCAGGAGAUCUACUCUCUUUCUGAGAAGGUGAUAAUCUGGUUAGGCCCCGAGGCCGAGGACAGCAAACACGCACUGGAGACCUUGAAGCAUUUCAGUAAGCAGGUAGAAUACGUAACCUCUCACCGAUGGGGAGAUGCCCCGGGUGCCGAGAAGCCGAACUGGUGGCGAGACGACGUUGUGCCGCCCUGGACCCCUAGGGAUUGGAAGUCCAUAUCGUCGCUACUGGACCGAGAAUGGUUUAAGAGUGUCUGGAGUCUACAGGACGCUCUCUCGAACGACCAGGUAGUGCUCCAAUGCGGCAAGAACACCAUCUCCUGGGUCGACGUACGGAAGUUGCUGCUGGUUCUCCGACAGAAAACAGGCUUGUUGCCGGAUUGCAUCCGGGCCCGCCUCUUUUCGUAUGCGCGAGGCUUGAUGGCACCGCCGCUGGCUUCGUGUGAGCACCUCUUGCUCUGGGCGCGGGACCAAAGAUGCCCUGAUCCUCAUGACAAGGUAUAUGGAAUUCUAAGUCUGCUCGAUCCAAGGAUUUCAAGCAGAAUUGAGGUGGACUAUUCAAUACCUAUCUGGAAGACGUACGAGCAGCUCGUCUUGGCUGAAAUGAAUACGUAUCAGAAGUUGAAUAUGCUUAACCACUGCAGUAUCGCGACGCGGCGUGCAAAUGUUGGGCAUUUAAGCGUUCGAAGAUUCUAUGCUUCUGCGCGCUCCAGUGCUGUCGCGAAGCUUGUAGAGCCCGAUAACUUGCUACAAGUCACUGGAAGGCGCAUGGCAACAAUUUGUCGUUUCAGUGAUGACUUGAAUGGUUCAUUUGCACAAAACUUGGAGGAAAUACUAGAUUGGGCGCCGAAAGAUCUUGAGAACGAUAUGUAUGUCUUGGGAGGACCUUCCGUGGAUGCUUAUGUCGAAGUACUUGUGCGAUGGAGGACUAGCGACCGAGCACUAGGCGAUAAUUCACUUCCAUCCAUCCAACGGCUUCGUGAGUUAUUGACGUCGACAUUCUCUAACGCCGAACUUGAUGGUGAAGUAGCACGGGAAUUUAGAGAUUGCUUCUUCGCGAACGAGUGUCUCUUUGUUACCACGGAAGGGUAUAUGGGUCUAGGUGAUCAAGUUGCUGUGCUUCUUGGAUGUGACCUCCCAAUGAUUAUACGGCCUGGAGAUCUCGAUCGAUAUGAGGUCAUUGGACCAUGUUUCGUUCAUGGACUGAUGCUUGGCGAGGCCUUGAAGCCGCCUCUGGAGCCACCAUGGAAAGACACGCUUCCCGUCAUCAAAGGAUGGGCGAUGCCUUACUUCAUAAACACCGAGACAAGGGAGCUAUUGAAGAGUGAUUCGAGACUCGGAUCAUUACCUACUGAAUGGGAAGAGGUGGCUUCGACAGACCCUUUUUUGCCGCCCUUUGUGAUCCAGAACAGAAUUGAUGGAAAUAUUAGCGUUACUGACCCGAGGAUGUCCGUAGAUGCCAACAAGAAGAGAGGUAUCAAGUUGGAGACUCUAGAGUUGAUGUAA